AUGAAAGGGGUAUCAAUAAAACAACUUGAUGGGAUAAUAAUAUUGGAUGAAGAUGGAAACAGAAUUGCAGUAAAAUAUUAUACAAAUAUAUUAGAAAAUAAAGGAGACGAUAAAAAUAGAAAUAGUUGUGAAAAUAAUUAUAUAAAUAAUAAAGAACAUAUGGAUAACAUCUAUGAUGAACCAUAUAAUAAUUUAAAAACAGUAGAUAAUCAAAAACAAUUUGAAUAUAACAUAAUUAAUAAAAUUAAAAAAACAUCUUCCUUAUUAAACGAAAUAGAAAUUUUAUCAUCAAAUCAAUAUAUUAUAUUAUCUUUAUUAAUAAAUGAUAUAUAUAUAUUUAUUGUUGGAGAUGAAAAUAAUAAUGAACUUAUUUUAUAUGAAAUUAUGAAAUCUAUUCAAGAUUCUUUAAAUAGUAUAACAAAUAAUAAUAUUGGAAAAAAACAAUUAAUAGAUAAAUUAGAUUCAGUUUAUCUACUUUUAGAUGAAAUUAUUGAUAAUGGAAUUGUUAUGGAAACUAACCCAAAUGUUAUAGUAAAUCGAUUAUAUAUGAAUGAAGAUGAUAUACAAGAUUUGACAUCUUUAAAUCAAGCAAUAUAUUCAGCAAAGGACAAUAUAAUUAGAAGUUUAUUAAGUGGUACUUGA